AUGGCAUUUGGUGAUCCGUCACAGGCGGUCCAAGCGGCUGCCGGUUCAUCACUUUCACGUGUUUCUGCUUCCAGUGACGAUUCUCAAGACACUCUGAUACUGACACAGACAGAGUAUCUCGAUAGACCUUGGCUGAUAAGACAUCUGCGUCGCCUCAAUGAGAUUGGGAAGCCUCGACUGUACGGGCAGCAGCUUUCUGCAUUGGCAAGCCAUGUCGAGCAGCAGCUGAAGCCGUACCUUGGUCGACUCUUAAUAGACGUUCUUGAAGAUAUCGCGCCCAUACUUGCAGCUACUCUCAUCCAAGCCAGAUUCCCACACAGUCUUUCCUAUAUCACGGGCAUGGCGCAGACACCGUUGCUUGGACAGUACCUGGUACAGAUCAAUGGCUUCAUAUCAGCCCGCAACGAAACGAGCUUGGCGGACUGGAUCGCCCUUGAGCCCCCUUUCAACCAACAUUACCAGGACAUGGUCAAGGAGCUGCAGGCGGCCUACCCGCGAGGUAGUGACGAUGCGUUGGAGCAGAGGUGUACGGCUGCGCUCAAGGCGGCUGUGGAAGGGGAUGAUGGUAGCCCUUGGACGAGCUUCGUAAAGUUCAUGGUGCAAUAUCUGGCAUACCUUAGAAAUGUCAGUGCGGAAGCGAGUCGGUACCUGGAGACGUAUGAGUUGUUGUCAGAGUUGCAGCAGAGGGCCAAUAGUGCGCUGUCGCAUGCCACGCUGGGACAUUUGAUCUUGCCUACGGUGGUCAUGAAUGCGAAACUGGUGUGCAGGCUGGCUAUCGGACUAGACAAGCAGCCGGAGCUGAUAGCACAUCUACGGCGAUCAGGACCCGGAGCUGGGGGAGGAGACGAAGGAGGUGGGAGGGAAACACUUCCGGAACGUGCGGCGAACAUCUUGCGACAGGCGUUUGUGACAUGCCUCAACGAUCGGGUCUCUGGUCUAAAUGCGCAAGGAAAGCCAGAAGGCAAGAAGAAGGGCAUCUACAAUAUCGCGAAUCUGUGCUUGAAGAUCCUCUUCCAAUGCCGGAAGACGAGGAAUGCGACGCAGAUCUUCGAGAACAUCUACAACCUUUCGCCACCGUUGUCUGCGUACCCGAAACGGCAGCGUGUCACCUAUCUGUACUAUCUUGGACGCUUUUUGUUUCAGAACAGCCACUUCUAUCGUGCUCAGCUGGCAUUGCAGCAUGCGUACGAUGAGUCCCCUGCGCGACCAGAAUGUGCUAGACAGAGACGGCAUAUUCUGGUAUACCUGAUCGCGAGCAACAUCAUUCUCGGCCGCUUCCCAUCACAAGAGCUUCUAAGUCGACCAGAGGCUCACGGUCUGUCUGAUCGCUUUUUACCGAUAUGCAUGGCCAUUCAGCGAGGAAAUCUGGCCGCUUUCAGACAGCAUCUCGAUCUAGACGGGCCACACGCGGAAUGGUUUCUACAUUUCCGUAUCCUGCUGCAGUUGCAAAACAGGUGCGAGGUCCUCGUCUGGCGAAGUCUAGUCAGGCGGACUUUCCUUCUGGUGGGUUUCAGGCCGACAGACACAACGGGUAACAAGGCAUCGACUCUCAAUAUCGAUCACCUCGUGUCAGCUUUCCAGUGGCUCGAGGACGCAUCUCGAGCUCAGAAGGGUGGGGAGGAUUACACAGACCCGGACUUCGAGGAUGUCGAGUACGAUGACGGCGGAUUCAGGAUCGAUAUCACCGCCGUCGAAUCGAGACUCGCUUCUCUCAUUGAUCAGGGCUUACUGUCAGGUUUCAUCUCGCAUCGACUGCAGAAAUUCGCCAUUACGGGGACGAAGUCGAAGGGUGGGGAUGCUGUGGCUGCUGGGUUUCCACAGGUCUGGGAUGUGUUGAGAUUGAAGACCGAGAGGGCUGGGACGGAUGAUGUUCCUGGGUGGAAGAAGGAGGUGGUUGGUGGGUUUGGUGGGGGGCAGAGGCCGGGGCCGGGGAUGGUGUUUAAUUUGAGUGGGCUGCGGCCGGUUGGUGCUGUGGGGUGA